CACCACCACCGACACCACCACCACCACCUCCACCACCACCAUCUCCACCCACCUUCAGCAGCGUGUCCCCCGUGUGUCACGAGGAGCCACUCAGUUACACGCUACAGGGUUGAGAAGUCGGACGCGAUAACAUUCGUCGUUCGAUCCCUGUUCGAAAUAUUUAUUCAACGAUUCGAUCUCGAAAGUUUCGAUCAUAGAGAUAUCUUAACGAUUGCUCAAUACCGAUUUAAAUUUCGCGCGUUUGUCGUGCCAGUUCGCGCGGUCGAAGCCGAUUGGUUCAUUUUUCUAAUUGACUUUCCCGCUUCGACGAGAUUGACAAUCGAUCAUUCAAAGUGUUGUGUUGGACAACUUGAAAUUUUUCAUUCGAAAUUCAUGUAAUUUUUAUAGAUUUAAUCGACGACAUAUUUUCUUUUACAUCGAAAAAGUUGAAGAUUCUUUUUUGCAAUUUUUAUAUAUAUCUAUUUAUAUAUACAUACACAUACGUAUAUAAAAAUAUGUGUCGAAAGGAACGUGUCAAAAAUGUUUCAUCAAAGUUUCGAAAAUUCGUAACGUAUAUUCGAUAACGAUUUCAAAUUCUCGUUGUUCAAAGUUUUUAAAAGUUUCAGUCGCAUCGUAGGAAACUUAAAAAUUGCAUCUACUCGAAUAGUAGGACAGAAGUUCGAGGUCGAGCGUUUAAUCGUCUAGUGAUAUCUCAGGUUACCUACGAUCCGAGGAUCCAUUUACGACGAUAUUGAUUAAUUCGAUGAUCGUUAAAUUCCGUCAUUAAUUUUAGUCGAAAGUGAUCUAUAUAAAUAAUUCAUCUGUUUCUAUCGUUCUUUCUGUAGAAAGUAGGAAGGAGGUGUGGACGCACGGACGACGUUGGAAUGACGAUUCUCAAUAUAUUAUAAAUAGCAAGAUGUUUUUCACCAUUGAAAUUAUAACAUGGAUCGUGUUUCAUAUAAAAAUUAGCGUAAAGACCAUGACGAGAGAAAAGAGGAGAAAAGGAAUGCUUUUAAAAUAUUUCAAGGAUUACGAAUUAUUGGAAAAGGAUUAAAUAUUAAAAAUAAGAAAUAUAAUAAUAGAAUGAGUUAUCGAUAGAGGAGUAAAAUUUCGUGGAGGACGAUGAUUAUCGAGAGGGCAUUCUCGAAUUCGUCGACCUCGUGUUGUAACUGGUUCGAUCGCGUAGGUAGGGAUCGCGUGCCACGAAACGUUAUAAAUUAAAAGCAAAGGAGGAAGUUCCCUCGUGAACGAGCGGACCUUUUCUUUCGGUCACUAGAAAAAAUGCGUGUCGAUUGACGAGAGAAAGAUAGAAAAGGUUUUGUGGUCUCACGCGAAGGCCAUUAAAAAAAAGAAAAAGUAAUAAUAAUAAUAAAAACAGAAAGAAAGAAAGAAAGAAAGAAAGGAAAAGAAAAAUCGACGACGAAGGACGAAGAAAGAAACGUAGGAAAGGAAAGAGCAGAAGAGCGAAAAAAACAGGAAAGAAAAAUAAGGAAGAAAAUAGACGCAGGGAGGAGAGGAAAAAAGUCGAAGAGAAGAAAGGAUAACUCCGUAUUUUUAAAAGAUAAGAUCGUGAUGGAAUUUCCAUCAAACUUUACCGAGCUAUCCGACAAUUUAAAUUACACUGUCAGCACCUUCAACACUUCCUAUACGAAUUACGAUCAACUUAAUUUACCCUACACCGUUUGUGAAAUACUCGUUGCUAUCUGUGCCGUAUUUGGAAACGGUCUGGUCAUCAUAGUCUUCGGCAAGGAAAAGAAAUUACGAAGACGUACGAAUUACUACAUCAUCUCUUUGGCAACGGCCGAUCUUCUCGUUGGUCUAUUUGCCAUACCCUUUGCCAUACUCGCCAGUAUAGGUCUACCAACAAAUUUACACGCCUGUCUCUUCACAGUCUCAGUGCUCGUUGUACUCUGCACGAUCAGUAUCUUUUGCCUCGUGGCAGUAUCCGUAGAUCGUUAUUGGGCUAUUCUUCAUCCCAUGGGAUAUUCUCGUACUGUUCGCACGAAAACUGCCAUAGGUAUAAUCUGUGUAUGUUGGAUCACCGGGACAUUGGUAGGCUUCUUACCACUUUUCGGAUGGAACGCUGGAAAAAAAUCCGACGAGAAGUGUAUAUUCACUCAGGUGAUGGACUACGAUUAUCUGGUCUUCCUCUAUUUCGCUACCAUCAUAUUCCCAGCGUUAUUAAUCGUCGCAUUUUACGCCCUUAUCUACAGGGUAGUCGUAAAGCAGGAGAAAAGUCCCUUUUUGGAUUCGGGGGUUAAGACGGAACGACGAACUUCGAAAGACGCUAAGUACCGGUCCCGUUUGCUCGAUGGGAAAACACGAUCGACGGGAUGCUUUCAGUUGCAGCAGAUAGUCACGAUGAAUCCAGGACGUCGUAGCGGUAGUGGUAGCAUCUCUGGUCUUGCUGGUGGUACUACUUUGGCCACUGGUGUUACUGGUGCUGGUGCUGGUGCUGGUGGUACUGUCGGUGCUGGUACUGGUGCUGGUGGUGGCGGUGGUGGUGGUGCUGGUAUUGGCGGUAACCAUCACACGACCGGGACGAUGCAACGUUUCAAGCGCGAUGUCAAGGCCACACAAAAUCUAUCCCACAUAGUAAUAUUCUUCAUCAUCUGUUGGUUCCCUCUUUACACGAUAAACUGCGUGAUGGCUUUCUGUCCGCGUUGCCAAGUCAACGAGUUCUUCAUGAAUCUCUGUAUCAUUCUGUCUCACUUAAAUUCAGUCGGAAAUCCUCUUCUCUAUGCUUAUCAUCUCAAAGACUUCCGUGAGGCUCUGAAGAAUUACUGGCGUCUAUUAUUUUCGAACGGCGAAGUUAAGUCUAGCGUCGUUAACGUCAUUCACGAAAGAGGAUCCCUGGCUGGUUCGCAGAGACAGUUUCAAAGACAAUCCUUCGUUGGUACUUUGCCGAUUAGAAAAGAAAGGUCCAGUCUUUUGAGACAGGUGACGGAUUUCCAAGCUAAAGAAACGUCUUCCUUGAGUCGGGCAUCUUCCAUUCGUGACAAAGAGGAACGUAACGAGCCAAUGGUUUCAUCGAGUUCCUCGCCGAGCGAAGAAAAACUACGUAGCAGCAGCGAGUAUCCUUUAAACGAGGAUAGUCCUUCCUCCGCGUAUGAAAGAAGUUCCUUGGAACGUUCCGAAUCUGCUGAUACUCCAUCAAGGGAGGAUUCGCAAAUGGAAUUACAAAUUUAUAAAGCUCUCGCAACCGUUCCAACAUCGUCGGAAGUAGAUCGUUCCGAUCGUUUCGAGGAACUCCCACCCACCUCGAUUUUCAUAAUAGAGGCGGAUGUGAAUCGAACUGUGUCGAAUCGAGAUAAAUGUGAGGUGAAUUCGAACGAGAGGCAGGACGAGGGAGGAUAAUCCCUUUCGAGAGAAUAAUUUAUGGUUUCAACGAUAUAUAUACGAUAAUGCAUUGCAUGCAUACGAAUGUAAUUCGUUGAUUGACUCUGAUCCGAUUGGUCGAUGAUCUAUGUCAAAUAGGAAUGCGCGAUAUUCGAAUGUUCGAUGUUCGUACUAUGUGUGCUCAGAAAAUUCUUCAUUGCGCGUAAUAUUUAUUUCGUAGGAACCAUAUAAAUAUAUCUAUAUAUAUAUACACUGUUUUAUCCCGAGGUUAUAAUCGUUAAGACUGUUUGUACAAAAUUAACAUCGACUGACCCUACUGAGAUUACGUUUAAUCCUUCUUUCAAGUUCUAAAUUUCGAGCGCAAUGAAGAUCGGUAUUUACUCGUAUCAUUCAUCGACCAUAAAAUAUGGAUGGCAUGUCUAUGUAUAUAUCAAAGCAAAAACUAUUCUUCUAUGAAUAUCGACAAAUUACUUGUGAUAAGUUACUAAAACAUAUCCAUGACGAAACUUAAGAUCUCAUUGAAUGUCCCGAAUUGUUUUCUCGUAACGUGCAUGUAAAGAUAUAAUAAUAAUCCAUAUGUUUUACGAACUAAAACAUAUAGUAGUUGUAUAAAUACUUGAAUGAUGUUGUGUCUAAUCGAGAUACGUGUAUUUUAGCACACAAAUUAUCGAAUUAAAUUUAUUAUAUAUAUUCGUCAUAACUUCCGUUAUGUACAACGAAUAUUACAUAUUAUUACACCACUGAGCUGUAUUAAUAAAUGUAAUCGAAAUGAAUUUUAAGUA